CUGUUUUGUCCCCUGCAAGAUGUUAGCAAUGUAGCUUAUAGCGGUUUGUUUCAUGUUAAAGGGGUGACUGGCUCAUCUUCGGGGCGGUAAUGAGUCACUUAUUUGUUUUCCAGGAAUGUCACAGCCCAGAGUCAUUUAGAUCUGAAGGUCUGGAGCUGUCAUACCUUAAGGAAUGAACUACUAGGAACUGCCUCUGUCAACCUCUCCAAUGUCCUGAAGAAUAAUGGCGGCAGAAUGGAGAACACGCAACUGACCCUGAACCUGCAGACGGAGAACAAAGGCAGUGUUGUCUCCGGAGGAGAGCUGACAAUUUUCCUGGAUGGGCCAACUGUUGAUCUGGGAAGCGUGCCUAAUGGCAGUGCUGUGACAGACGGCUCACAGCCACCUUCGAGAGAAUCCAGUGGGACUGCUGUAGCUCCAGAGACUCGGCACCAGCCCCCCAGUACAAACUGCUUUGGUGGCAGAUCUCGAACGCACAGACAUUCAGGCGGCUCAGCCAGAACAACAACCACCACUGAGCAAAGCCCCGGUGCUAGGACCCGGCACCGCCAGCCUGGGAAGAACCCCAGCAGCAGUGGCCUAGCCAAUGGCACAGUGAAUGAGGAACCUACCACAGCCAGUGAUCCCGAAGAGCCUUCUGUUGUUGGUGUGACAGCCCCACCUGCCGCAGCCUUGAGUGUGUCCCCAAGCCCCAACACGACGUCUCUCCCUGCACCGUCCACACCAGCCGAGGGAGAGGAGCCCAGCACUUCGGGGACACAGCAGCUCCCUGCCUCUGCCCAGGCCUCUGAUGCUCUCCCUGCCGGAUGGGAACAAAGAGAGCUGCCCAAUGGACGUGUCUAUUAUGUUGACCACAAUACCAAGACCACCACCUGGGAGCGACCUCUUCCACCAGGGUGGGAAAAGCGCACAGACCCCCGAGGAAGGUUUUACUACGUGGAUCACAACACCCGGACAACCACCUGGCAGCGGCCGACUGCGGAGUACGUGCGGAACUAUGAGCAGUGGCAGUCACAGCGGAACCAGCUCCAGGGGGCUAUGCAGCACUUCAGCCAGAGAUUCCUCUACCAGUCUUCGAGUGCUUCGUCUGACCAUGAUCCCUUGGGCCCCCUCCCGCCUGGCUGGGAGAAGAGGCAGGACAAUGGACGGGUGUAUUACGUGAACCACAACACACGCACUACCCAGUGGGAGGACCCGCGGACCCAGGGGAUGAUUCAGGAGCCAGCCCUGCCCCCAGGAUGGGAGAUGAAAUACACCAGUGAGGGUGUGCGGUACUUUGUGGACCACAAUACCCGCACCACCACCUUUAAGGAUCCUCGCCCCGGGUUUGAGUCAGGGACAAAGCAAGGCUCACCUGGUGCCUACGACCGAAGUUUUCGGUGGAAGUAUCACCAGUUCCGGUUCCUCUGCCAUUCAAAUGCCCUACCCAGCCAUGUGAAGAUCAGCGUCUCCAGGCAGACACUCUUCGAGGAUUCUUUCCAACAGAUUAUGAACAUGAAACCUUAUGACCUGCGCCGUCGGCUCUACAUCAUCAUGCGUGGUGAGGAGGGCCUGGACUACGGCGGCAUCGCCAGAGAGUGGUUUUUCCUCCUGUCCCAUGAGGUGCUCAACCCUAUGUACUGUUUAUUUGAGUAUGCUGGGAAGAACAAUUACUGCUUGCAGAUCAACCCGGCCUCUUCCAUCAACCCUGACCACCUCACCUACUUCCGCUUUAUCGGCAGAUUCAUCGCCAUGGCUCUGUACCAUGGCAAGUUCAUCGACACAGGCUUCACCCUUCCUUUCUACAAGCGGAUGCUCAACAAGAGACCAACUCUGAAGGACCUAGAGUCUAUUGACCCCGAGUUUUACAACUCCAUUGUCUGGAUCAAAGAGAACAACCUAGAAGAGUGUGGCCUGGAGCUGUUCUUCAUCCAGGACAUGGAAAUCCUGGGCAAGGUGACAACCCAUGAGCUGAAGGAAGGUGGCGAGAGCAUCCGAGUUACAGAAGAGAACAAGGAAGAGUAUAUCAUGCUGCUGACUGACUGGCGAUUCACCCGAGGUGUGGAAGAACAGACCAAAGCCUUCCUGGAUGGCUUCAAUGAGGUGGCCCCUCUGGAGUGGUUGCGAUAUUUUGAUGAGAAAGAGCUGGAGCUGAUGCUGUGCGGCAUGCAGGAGAUAGACAUGAACGACUGGCAGAAGAACGCCAUCUACCGGCACUACACCAAGAGCAGCAAGCAGAUCCAGUGGUUCUGGCAAGUGGUGAAGGAGAUGGACAACGAGAAGAGGAUCCGGCUGCUGCAGUUUGUCACGGGAACCUGCCGUCUGCCUGUUGGCGGAUUUGCUGAACUCAUUGGGAGCAAUGGACCCCAGAAGUUCUGCAUCGACAGAGUUGGCAAGGAAACCUGGCUGCCCCGGAGCCACACGUGCUUCAACCGUCUGGAUCUGCCACCCUACAAGAGCUAUGAGCAGCUGAAAGAGAAGCUGCUCUAUGCCAUCGAGGAGACCGAGGGUUUUGGACAGGAGUAGCCGAGGCUACCCCUCCCACACCCUCCAGCACACGUAGUCCUGAGUCCUUCCUGCCUGAGAUGCCAUUGGCUGCACAGCCCUUGGGAGGCCCCUUUGGAUAGUGGCCCUGUGUGGGACCGUGAUGUGAUCAUGUUGGUGACCGAAGAGUCUGACCCUAAGAGGCUCUCUGUCCCCUUCUCCUACCUGAUGAUGGCAGUCUGGAAAUAAAGCCCCCGUCACCUUUGACUUCA